AACAAUAAAUAAAUAAAUAAAUCAUAUUUUUUGUGCGUGUGGAUUCUGUUCUUCCACACAAAACUCCCCAAUUUGUUCACCAACAAAGAAGAUAUUUUGGAACUCUGUAUUUCAACCAACCAGCCAAUCGAAUCACAAUCAGUCAACAAUGGCAAGAAUCAACUGCCACUAUCUUUCAGUAAGCUGCACAGCAGCACCCAUGAAUCAGGAUGCCACUCUACCCACCAAGAUCAUCUUGCCCAACAAAAAGCCCCAAAAAUGGUCCACCGGCGUCGCCCCCGGUGACUACGGCGGACCACCCACCACCACCAAGCUCCGGAAGUAUUGGGGCGGCGAGAAAGAAGACCCCAUCACCUCCGAUGACUUGAUUUGGAACAGAGAUUUCAUGCCUCACAUGAAACGAUUCGUUGACGAUUCCCCUCCUGUGUCCCCUCCUGUUCAGGAAGAGCCAUCGGGAUUUCUGAGCUUAAACAGAGCCAUGAGUCUAGACAGUAUGGAAGUUGACUUGAGCAAGAAGCUAACAACUUCAAAUCCAAUCAUAGAGAAGCAAGUUAAGGUUUCCCAGGGUACUAACGCCAUGUCAAGAAAAUGGAGACCAGCACCCACACGCCGCGAACAAGACAAAUGGGAUAGAGCAACUAAAGCUGCAACCGGUGGCAGUGAUGUGAUGUUCAGGGAACUGAGACGUCCUAAAGGGGACCCGGAACUGCUGGCUGCUAAAUCGAGGGAACAAUAUAUCAAGUUAAAGAACAAGAUGCAGAUUCUGACAUUGGCCAUAGGAGGUGUUGGGCUAGUGUCGGCUUAUGUUUCAUACACUCCGGAAAUUGCAGCAAGUUAUGGUGCUGGUUUAGUUGGCUCUUUGGUAUAUAUGCGGAUGCUUGGAAAUAGCAUCGACGGGAUGGCCGAUGGAGCUCGAGGGGUUAUCAAGGGAGCAAUUGGGCAGCCGCGAUUGUUGGUCCCUGUUGCCUUAGUCAUGAUCUAUAACCGGUGGAACGGGAUCGUAGUUCCUGAAUAUGGAUUAAUGCACCUAGAGUUGAUCCCGAUGCUUGUGGGAUUUUUCACAUACAAGAUUGCCACCUUCAGUCAAGCGAUUGAAGCCGCGUUUACUGUUGUGAGUGAUGAUGCUCAAAUCGGUUAAAAAUGCGCCAAACGAGUCAUUUUUCCGUAAGAUGCUAACAUGGUGUCUCGGUCCCGGGUUCUCAUACCAGCAGCAGGCUAGGCCAACACAGUUGGUGUGUACUGUAAGACUUGUAUUUAUGGGAAAGUGUGUAAUGUAGGUACAACUAUUUAUGCAUGUGUUACAAAUGCCAAAGGCAACACUGUUGGUGUUUCCAUAAGACUUGUAUUAGGUACGGAAUCGAUAUGAAUAUAGUGUCCCACUUAAGUGUAUAUAACUUGCUUUUGUUCAAUCA